CGUCACUGGGAAGCCGGGGGAAACCUGAGGUUGAGUUCCACAGAAUGUUUCUCUCUCUCUACCUGCAGUAAUUGUGGAGAACUCCGACUUUUAAAUCGAGUGAUAAUCCUUAUCACUGAUAAACCUUAGUCCUCUUCUGGGUGAGUUCACCGUUCCUGAGACUCCUCCAAGAGGAACAAUACACCAGCAUACUUGUAUAUAGUAUUCUAUAUAGAGAAGCUACCCUGAUGGGUAGACAGAGGGGCCCCACCCCACGGCUUCCCUCCAAGAAUUGUUCCCCGUGGUGACGCAAGGGAAAGGGGGUUUUGAACGAGAUGAAACGGCAUCAGGAGACAAAUGAGAAGUGGACUUGGGGGACGGGAGGGUGUCUGAGAAGCAGCCAGAGUUGCCUGUGAAGCCCAUGAACAAGGAGGAAAUUAAAGCUAUCAUCGAUUCAUGUGACACAGGAUGACUGUCCCUUGGUGGCCGAUGCUAAGGAAGGAGCUUAUGAGCAAGUUGAGGACAAGAGGGAAGAAGAGGCUUGCUGACAAGCCCUUCAAAUUGGCACAAGCUGUAUCCCAUUGCCCAGGGAGACCGCCAGUCACCCAUCAAUAUCAUAUCCAGCCAGGCUGUGUACUCGCCCAGCCUGCAGCCACUGGAACUUUUCUAUGAGGCCUGCAUGUCCCUCAGCAUCACCAACAAUGGCCACUCUGUCCAGGUGGACUUCAAUGACAGUGAUGACAGAACCGGUCCAUCCAGGCAAGGUGACACACUCCUUUAAUCCCAGCAUUGGAAGACAGAAGCAGACAGAUCUCUUGGUGUCUGGGGGCCCCCUGGAAGGGCCCUAUCGUCUCAAGCAGCUCCACUUCCACUGGGGCAAGAAGCGCGACAUGGGCUCAGAGCACACAGUGGACGGCAAGUCCUUCCCCAGCGAGCUACAUCUGGUUCACUGGAACGCCAAGAAGUACAGCACUUUUGGGGAGGCGGCUGCAGCCCCUGAUGGCCUGGCUGUGGUUGGUGUCUUCCUGGAGACAGGAGAUGAGCACCCAAGCAUGAACCGCCUGACAGACGCCCUCUACAUGGUUCGAUUUAAGGACACCAAGGCCCAGUUCAGCUGCUUCAACCCCAAGUGCCUGCUGCCCACCAGCCGACACUACUGGACCUAUCCUGGCUCCCUGACCACACCCCCACUCAGUGAGAGUGUCACUUGGAUUGUGCUUCGGGAGCCCAUCAGGAUCUCCGAGAGGCAGAUGGAGAAAUUCCGGAGCCUGCUUUUCACCUCAGAGGAUGAUGAGAGGAUCCAUAUGGUGGACAACUUCCGGCCACCACAGCCGCUGAAGGGCCGAGUGGUCAAAGCAUCCUUCCAGGCCUGAACUUCCCACCUCCCCAGCCAGCCACUGGGGUACCAUCCUCCCAAGGGCUUCCAUGUCAGCAGACACCAAACCAUCUGAGGCUCGCUCCCAGUUAGGGGAGGGUGCUACGGCCCUCCUUCAGCUGGCUUGCUCCUUGACCACAUUGAAGGGUUCUUGAUGGAACCCUUGAGUUGGGGGUACCCUCCAGCUGCCCUGGUGGGGAGGGGCUGGAAGAACAGGAACUGAGCAGAGUCCAAACCUGGGCUGCCUCCGUUCCUCCAGAUCCAAAGGCCCCUGAGAAUCUCCUCCUGUCUUCCCUGCUGGCUGCAUCAGCAGCCCCAACUGGAGUUCACACUGUGAUGGCCAAGACACAGCCCCUGCCCCGCGGGGCGGGAUUGGCAGCUGUCUCUGCCAUAAAGACUCAAGCAAUAAUUAGAGGUGGGCAGAGCUGCCCACUCUGCAUUACCUCUUCUGCAGGCCUCUGCCAUACAUGCACCUCACUGCCAGGCCAUUACAAUAGCACCCAGACGCUGGAGGCGAUGUGGCCCCCUCCAGUCAUCUGCUGCCACGGGCAGGCCCUGGCUUUAGCUUCUAUAUGAUCUCCCUUUGUUCCUACCCAGCCACCAAAGCCACCUACAUAACAAUCCACUCAUGUACUAGCAAAUAAAUUCAUUUAUUCAUGGAACCA